UGAGAAAGUUUAGUUUCAGAUCGUUUUCUUCUUCACACGACGGUGUUACUGCUCUCUUCCGGAAUUUAACAUGGGAGCUGCCCAGUCAGAAGGACGAGCUCAGAUGUACCAAGAUCUGGCUGAUAAAACCGGCUUUUCCACAGAGCAGAUUAGAAACCUUCACAGCAGAUUCCAGUACCUAACUCAAGAUGAAGACACUUUAAGACGUGAACAUCUUGAGAAUCUUACUAAUCUGGCCCUCAAUCCAAUCAAGAGGCAGAUCAUUGAGGCCUUCUUUGACAAAAGGAAUUUGGGUCAGAACGAGAAGGGCUGUUUGCAAGAGAUUGGUUUUGAGGAGUUCGUCACGGUCCUGUCCGUCUUCAGACCCCCAAAACCACGGACUGCUGAGGACAAAAACAAAACCAUCAAGGAGGAGAAACUUCGCUUUCUGUUCAACAUGCAUGACACUGACAACGACGGCGUCAUCACACUGGACGAAUACAGACGCGUGGUGGAGGAGCUUCUGUCCAGCUAUGGAACCAUAGAAGCAGAAACGGCCAAAGCCAUUUCAGACGCUGCAAUGCUGGAGGUGGCCAGUGUCACAGUGGGUCGGAUGGGUCCUGAUGAAUUUUAUGAAGGAAUCACGUUUGAACAGUUUAUGCAGAUAUUAAAAGACAUCGAGAUCGAGACCAAGAUGAACGUUCACUUUUGGAAUCUGGACACCAGAACGAUGCAUUGUGGGAAAUGAAGUGAACUUUCUGCUCUAGAACAGCAUUUCUCCCAUGGAUUCAAGUAUUGAUUUGACUUUCUCUGACAUAUCUUCAGUGCUAAACAGUGAGCAUGGCAUUCACUGGGAAAUACAGUUUAUAGUCCAGACCUCAGGGACAAAUUAAAUAUACCGUAGAGACUUUAUACAGUGUAUUUGAAGGAGAUUUAUAUACCCAGAUAAGCCUGGUUAUUCUUGAACAUACUGUCAUGAGUAUAAAGUAUUUUUAUCAGGAAUUUUAUGCAACUUUUUCCUGAGCUUUUAUAGAGGAGGAAGUUUUCACAAAGUCAACAAUCUGCAUUUUUGUUGGUUUAACAAAGCAGUGCUGAAAGACAGACUCCACACCCUGAGUUAAUGAAUCCACAAAUCUUAUCUUUCACUUCAGGAAACAACAGCGAGAGUCGGUUUCCUGCUCCUGUCCUCUUAUUACAGUAAUAUCUGAUCCUUCUGGCUUCCCUCCAUCAAGGUUAUUUAUUAAUAUACAGUACUGUAUAUUACAGGGUGUGGAGUUUAAGCGAUGGCGUAUAUCAAAGUGAUAAUUUUGUACAUUAUUGUCAUUUGAAAUCCUCAAGUGUGACUAAAUCUCCUUUAGAUUGAAGAGAUUAAAUGGUAACAGUUUAAUGAGCAUUGAGUUCUGUUGUGUAUUUCUGUCUGAAAUGAUGAAUCUUGUGUAUGCUCGGUUAUAAAAUACCUCCCAUUCCAUAUUUGGUCAAAGGGUCUGUGGUUGAAUCUAGAUUAGGAAAAUGUCCUCAUGGAAUGAAUGUGCAUCUUCAGACAUUUGGAUAAUUAUGAAUGCAGCUUCCACAGGAUGAAUACUUUUACAUUGAAAAAUUAAUUUCUGUCCAUAAGAAAUGGUAAAUGCUUUAAUAAUC